AGCGGGUUAAGCGCAGGUGGCGCAAAGCACAAGGACCGGCGUAAGGAUCCCGGUUCGAACCCCAGCUCCCCACCUGCAGGGGAGUCGCUUCACAGGCGGUGAAGCAGGUCUGCAGGUGUCUAUCUUUCUCUCCUCCUCUCUGUCUUCCCCUCCUCUCUCCAUUUCUCUCUGUCCUAUCCAACAACGACAACAACAAUAAUAACUACAACAAUAAAACAAGGGAAACAAAAGGGAAUAAAUAAAUAAAAGAAAAGAAAAAAAAGAAAAAAAAAUCAGUGAAUCUAGGGGCUUCCCUGGUAGGCAGCCCCAGAUUAAGUAGGCUGCAGUUAAGAAAUAAAAACAAAGGGAGUCGGGCGGUAGUGCAGUGGGUUAAGCACACUUGGCGCAAAGCACAAGGACUGGCAUAAGGAUCCCAGUUCAAGCCCCCAGCUCCCCACUUGCAGGUGAGUCGCUUCACAGUCUCUCCCCCUCUCUGUCUUCCCUUCCUCUCUCCAUUUCUCUCUGUCCUGUCUUAACAAUGACGAUAUCAAUAACAACAAUAAUAAUAACUACAACAACAAUAAAAAAGCAAGGGCAACAAAAUGGAAAAUAAAUAAACAUAAAAAUAAAUAAAUAAAAAUAGGUGGGUUCCAAGAGGCAUUAGGUUUCCAAGACACACAGAGAGAAACCUUCCUCCUAUGGUUCUUACCUCCCAGAAUGUCUGCCCCAGCAGCAGUGCCCUCCUCUUGACUUUUUUAAAGUUUUUUUUUUUUGGAUAGAGACAGAAAUUGAGAAGGAAGGAGGGCAGAAAGAGGGAGGAAGACACCUGAAACACUUUCACUACUCGUGGACUGGGGGCUUAAACCUGGGUCUUUGUGCAGCGCAAUGUGUGUGCUCUAUCAGGUGCACCAUCGCUGGGUCCCCUCUUCUUUUUUUAAAAAAAUGAAUAUAAAGUUUAGGAUAUUCUGAGUGCUAGGCACUAUGCUGGGUCCUUCCAUAUGCAUUUUCCUUGAACUUUUCCGAACAACCCUAUUCAGUGAGCUCCAUUUCACAAAUGAAGCUAAGAUUCAGUCUUGCUCAAGUCCACGCGGCUAAAAAUAAGAACCCAACUCCAAAACUCAGGAUUCCCCCACUUUUCAGCUUUAGGGCACCUUUCUUCCCCUCGUGGAUUGGACUACAGAAGCCUGGUCUCCAUUAGAUACUGAAUUAGUAUCUGUAGCCCGAGAUCCUGGUUACUUUGCAUUUUUCCUGUGUCGUGUACUGUAUCGCGUACUUGUAAAGCCAGGCACAUACAUUGGGAAGUAACUAACUGAACCACUUCAGUCUAGUUCCUCAAUGGGCUAGGGCACUAUCCCCUAGGACAGAGUGUCAAAGGGCAGGCAGCUGUGUCCACAACCUUCAAGCCACUGCUGCCACCUUCAGGACCUUUUAAGGAGCUUCUGUCUGUAGAGAGCGGGUCGCCAGCAGGUGGCGCCAGAGCCCCCUCCCAGGCUCCAGGGCCUCCGGGGGCGUGGCUACGCAACUUACUUCCCCGGUCGGUGCAACGUACACCGAGCGCGUGGAGUUAAGAGCACUGAUCCCGCCUGGCACACCCCAAAAGCCCCCCCAGCCGUGAGCGCCAUGGCGCUCCCUAGGGCUCGGGUGAGAAGCUGGGUGGCAGUGACAAAGACAGCCCACAGACGCUGCAGCACUGAAGGUACUAGACGACCUAGAAGCCUAGCAUCCGGGAAUCUGAGCGCUGCGCUUUACGUUCACUGGCCUUACUGUGAGAAGCGCUGCAGUUACUGCAACUUCAACAAAUACAUACCCCGCAGUGUGGACGAGGCUGCCAUGGAGCGCUGUCUGGUGACCGAGACUCGGACGCUGCUGCAGCUCAGCAGGGUGCAGCGAGUGGAGUCUGUGUUCUUUGGUGGUGGCACUCCCAGUCUGGCCAGUCCCCACACUGUGGCUGCUGUCUUGGAAGCUGUGGCCCAGGAAACACACUUGCCUGCAGACUCUGAAGUCACAUUGGAGGUGAACCCCACUUCAGCUCCAGGCUCCAGGCUGGUGGCUUUUGGGGCAGCGGGGGUCAAUAGACUGUCCAUUGGCCUCCAGUCCCUGAAUGACACUGAGCUCCAGUUGCUGGGGCGGACACAUUCAGCCAGCGAUGCUCUGCGGACACUGGCAGAAGCCCGGCACCUCUUCCCAGGCCGUGUGUCUGUGGACCUGAUGCUGGGGCUGCCAGCACAGCAGGUGGGGCCGUGGCUGCGGCAGCUGCAGGAGCUGUUACUCCACUGUGAUGACCACGUCUCCCUCUACCAGCUGUCCCUGGAGCGAGGCACAGCUCUCUUCACUCAAGUGCAGCAGGGCACCCUGCCUGCUCCCGACCCCGACCUUGCUGCUGAGAUGUACCUGGAGGGCCGGAUAGUCCUCCGAGAGUCUGGCUUCCGCCAGUAUGAAGUCUCCAACUUUGCCCGGAAUGGGGCGCUGAGCACCCACAAUUGGACUUACUGGCAAUGUGGUCAGUACCUUGGUGUUGGGCCUGGGGCCCAUGGGCGAUUUAUACCCCAGGGGGCUGGUGUUCACACCCGGGAGGCUCGGAUCCAGACCCUGGAACCUGACAACUGGAUGAAGGAGGUGAUGCUGUUUGGUCACGGCACCCGGAAGCGCACCCCGCUGGGCAAACUGGAGUUACUGGAGGAAGUUUUGGCCAUGGGGCUACGCACAGACAUGGGGAUCACUCACCAGGGGUCUUCGGUGUUCCUGGGAAGGUCUGGCUGUGUUGGAUUCCCUGCUGCUGACCCUUCUGCCUCAACUCCACAAGGCCUGGCAGCAGAGAUGCCCUUCCCCUGUGCCAGGAGGAUGACCCUGUGUCUCUGUGUCCCCAGCUAAUGCCAGCCUUGGAGGUCAGAAGUCUGAAAGAGCUAAAAAUCAAGGAAUCUGGCAUGUUCUGGAGGCUCUGGAGAGAAGACACCCAUGGCCUUUCCAGCUUCUAAAGCCAGCAGUGGCCCUGAGCCCCUGGCCACAUCACCCUGACUCUGCUUCCACCAUCACAUCUGAUCUCCUGCCUUCCUCCUGUAAUCACCCUUUGAUUACAUUGGCCAUCUGGGUAACCCAGGAUAAUCACCUCACUGCAAAAAUCCUGAAUCCCAUCUGCAAAAAGUCCUUUUUGCCAAGUAAGAUAACAAAUUUCUAGCUUCUGGUGAUGAGUAUAUGGACAUCUUUUGAGGAGCCAUUCAGUGUGUAAGAGAUAAAUGACUGCAUGGACUCCAGUGCUCUGGCCUUAACUAUAAUCCCUUUCAUCUGCACAGUUAUGAGUACUUGCACCUUUUUCCCCUCCUAGCCUUGAUCUGGGAAGUCUAUGAAGGCAGUAUUGACUAUUUUUUUUAAAGUUUCUUUUUUAGGGAGUCGGGCAGUAGGAGCGCAGCAGGUUAAGCGCAGGUGGCACAAAGCACAAGGACUGGAGUGAAGAUUCCGGUUCGAGCCCCUGGCUCCCCACCUGCAGGGGAGUUGUUUCACAAGCGGUGAAGCAGGUCUGCAGGUGUCUUUCUUUCUCUCCCCCUCUCUGUCUUCCCCUCCUCUCUCCAUUUCUCUCUGUCCUAUCCAACUACAAUGACAUCAAUAACAACAAUAAUAACUACAACAAUAAAACAACAAGGGCAACAAAAGGGAAAAUAAAUAUUUAAAAAAGUUUUUUUUUAAAUUUUUAAAAAUUAUCUUUAUUGGAUAGAGACAGCCAGAAAUUGAGAGGGUAGGGGAGGAAGAGAGAAAAAGAGACACCUGCAGCACUGCUUCACCAUUUGCAAAGUUUUCCCCCUGCAGGUGGGGACCGGGGGCUCAAACCUAGGUCCUUGGGCACAGUAACAUGUAUGUUCAACCAGGUGUGCCACCACCCGGCAGUAUUGACUCUAUUACAGAACAGAAGAGCAGAUGAGACUUGGGGGAGAUGUGGGGGGGGGGGUCACACAGCUAGAAGGAGGUUCAGACCUAGGGCUGUUCACUCAGCACCACCUCACACCUCCAACCCCCAGAUCACAUGCCACCAGAACACUGUUCUCACUAGUGGAGUGGGGCAACUCCUCAGCUGUACUCGUAAUCUGGAGAAAGAAGCCCCCAAGGUGACCCAUGGCCCUGGGCCUUGAUUCUGCCCUUACAAGCAGAAGACAAAGAGAGUGGGAGGGUACAAGGGAGCAAGAGAGACUGGAGCCUGGGGGUGGUGCCCAGUGUCUAAGGUGUCACCCCACAGCUGAAGUCAGGCCCUUUUAGGAACAGUGCCUGGCUGUGGCCCUGUUAUCACUAAGGUCAAGAAGAAUGUCAGAUUUCUGCUGCGAGUUAGCCGCACAAGGUUCUAGAAUGGAGGGCAGUGGUGGGAGAUGAUGGAGGAGCAGCCAGAUAUCUAAGGGAACCGAUCCCACGUGAAGCCCACGUGAAGCCUGGGGCAGGUGUGUACAUGGAGGGAGGGCUGGGGGAGGGAGCUGAGCUGAAGGGGGUGAAAGAGAUGUGAGAGGUGGGGAGCCUAGUUUUGGGCUCUGGUCAGCAACAAUGAUGCAGCUUCGGAGGAAGCUUUGUUGAGGGAGAGGGCGGUGUCUGCAAAGAGUGACUGGCAGCACACCUGGCCCUAGGCUGGGGGAAAAUAAACAGCCAUGAAGCAGUAAUUGAUGCCAUGCCCUCUGUCAAUCCAGGCUCUGCCCCCUCCAGGGCUUGAGGAGGCUGCUCACAGGGAGACCAGCUGUGGUGACUAAAUUAUACUGUUCUCCAGCCUUUCCCACUGCAGCCUCGCCUGCGGUGCCUGUCACCUGCCUUGCCGGCGGAAUUUCUCUCUGGUGGCUCACCUUUAAAGCUGCCUCAUCUAAGGUUUCCUAAUAUUUGUGCUGCUGUUCCAAAGCUAGAGUAAUAAUUAAGCCCUGAGCACAAAUACUAGACCUGGAAAUCUGCUUUCAGAUGUCUAAGUCACCCUGACCUCAACUUGCCCCACUCAGAAGAACAUGACUUAACUCCAGGGAAUCCCUGGAAUUGAAUGCAAAAUCCAAUUAAUUGAUAAAGAAAUAUAAAACAAACAACUUGUGGAAUAUUAUCCAGUCAUGAAAAGGAUAUAAGCAUUAAUAUGUAAAACAACAUGAAUGGACCUUGAAAACAUAAUGUAAAAUGAAAGAAGACAAAAACAAACUUCCAAGAACUAUAAUUCCAUUUAUAUCCAGGAGGAGCAAAUCAAUAGACAUGAAAUAAAUAAAUGGUUGUCAGAUGCUGGAA